UGUAUUGAAACUCCAGCCGCUUUCUAUGGAAUCGUUAACGACUCCAGACUCCCACCAACGAGCGCCCCUUCUGCAGUACUACAGUCUCCACCAUUAGCUGCCUCUUGCCUCAAGAGAUUUGAUAAAGAACACCCACUACAGAUCAUUUCAUUUGUGGCUACUUGGAGCUUUUGACAGCAUGGCCAGAUCGGUGCGUAUCCUCUGUGGCAUGGUUUUCAUCCUGGGGCUGCUGUCAUCUCCAGUGGAUUCCAAAAGGAACAGGGGCUCCCAAGGCGCCAUCCCUCAUCCUGACAAAAACAACCCAAACGAAUCGGAGCAGCAACCACAGACACCGCAGGCGGGCUCUGGUUCCCGAGGGCGGGGAAAGAGCUCUGCUGCACCAGCUGAGGAGGUGCUGGAGUCCAGCCAAGAAGCGUUGCAUGUCACGGAGCGCCGCUAUCUGAAACGCGACUGGUGCAAGACCCAGCCACUCAAACAGACCAUCCACGAGGAGGGCUGCAUCAGCCGCACCAUCAUUAACAGGUUCUGCUACGGACAGUGUAAUUCUUUUUACAUCCCCAGACAUGUCCGCAGGGAAGAGGGAGCCUUCCAGUCUUGUUCAUUCUGCAAGCCGAAACGAUUUACAACCAUGACCUACACUUUGAACUGUCCGGACCAGCAGCCGCCCACCAAGAAGAAGCGCAUCCAGCGCGUAAAGCAGUGCCGCUGCAUCUCCAUAGAAUUGGACUAGCCCUGGGAUGCGGCCAAUUAGUCUCCUCAUCAAACAGCAGUUGGAUUGCUCACAUGAAGGAAAAAAACCUUAUGACUGACUGGGAGCAUAUUUCCCUCUUCCAAAUAUGGGAAAAUGUUCAAUCUGCAAGGAACGUAAUAUAUUACAAACAUGUGCAUCCUACAUUAUAGGCUUCUGUAGAUAGGCCUAUUGGACAUACUAUUUUGUAAACAAAGCCUGCUGUACCAUAUACUUUUAUGUGUCACAUUUUUUUAUUAAUCAAAUUGCAAUAGCAGCCUGUGGCAAGCAACGUUACAUGGCAUAAUAACAUGGAAUGAACACAACAAGCUGCCGAGUGACUUGUAACCAAGCGCACGGCUUUUCCAACCUCCGCAAAUAGGACUGCAGAACAUUUUCACAGAGGAUGUUUACACUCUUUUGGACAGCAACAGCAUUAGGCAAUCACAACAAAUUUCAAUGGAGGGGAAUAUGAUGGACAAUGCAUUUAAAUAAUGGUUGAAGACUAGAUAGUUUCCACUAUGUGGAAUUUGAAGAUAAGUGACGACUAUUUAAUGUGGCAAGAAUGCUCCACUGAUUUAUGUGACUCCAAUGUUCAGUAUAGCCUAGUGGAGAAAAUAGAGCUUUUGUAAAGUAUGCUAGGCCUAUACCUAUGUUCGAUGCUAUAAAUCGAAACAAACACAAUGUUUGUAUUAGUUUGACAUUGAAAUAAAAAUGUUCGAUUAUGAACACCUGCUCUUUCCAUGACAUAGACUGACCAGGUGAAUCAGGUGAAAGCUAUGAUCCCUUAUUGAUG